AUGUUAGUAAUAUAUAAAUGUAAUUUUUUAACAGCCACAGAUGAAGAAGAACUGACUACACUCGAAUAUGCAAUAUGUCCUUGUAUCGCAUCAAUCAGCCGAACAUGGGCAAGUCUCCAUGCUGAAGAGCCUGACACGCGUCCAGAGUUGUCGCGCAGUAUUCAGGGUCUUCUUCACACAGUGUGUGUCAAUAUAGCCGCUGCCACAGUUCCAGCAACCACUACGGGAAAGAAACGCAAGUGGAACGAGGAGAAAAUAUCCACUGAGAAUACUAGAGAGUUUUCUGCUCUCAGACCUCGCGUAAGGCAGAUGUUGAAUCAGGGAUUAAUAUUUCCAUUGCUUGAUGUGAUUGACCCAUGGGCACUGCAGCAGUCAAGAAUUGGAUUAAGACCGGCGUCCGCUCGUGAAGUGCUAAAAACGUUGAUUACAGCGCAUGAAGAGCGCAAAAGAUUGGUGGUGGGGGAAGAAGAAGCUGAUGCGUUUAUCAGUCGCUCCAAUGUUUCAGCUCCAGUUGCAGUAACUGGUCUUUCCGGUGAGAGACUUAAAGCGAAGGCGGCUGCUAAAAGACAGAAGAGAAUUCGGAAACAGAACAUGUUGUAA